AUGGUCAGGUUAGUGGAACAAGCAGUAAAAACGAGCAUUCAAGAAAAUGAAGAUGACACAGAUGAAGACGAAAAUGAUAUUAUGGAGAUGAUGAGUGACGAAGUAAACUUUAUACUCGAAGAUUAUCUUGACAGUGAACAUUACAUGGUUGCGGCAGUUAGAUGCGCUGCUCAUACGUUGCAGCUAGCGGUACAAGACGCUUUAGGGAGUGAAUCUUCAUGUAUUCUAACGAUGCUUUCAAAUGCUCGUGAGGUUAUAAAAAAGUUACGCACCUCAGUGUACCAACACCUUCUAAAAAGUAUGGGGGCUAAAAAACCCGUGGUGGACUGCCCCACACGUUGGAGUUCGACUUAUGAUAUGCUCACUCGGCUUCUAGAACUUCGACCAAUGUGUACAGAUAAUUAUGAGCUCUAUUUAUCUGAAACGACGUGGAAUUCUAUAGAGGAUACUAUAGCGUCUUUAAAACCAACCAAAAUCUUGACUAACAAAUUACAAAAGGAACAACUGUCUAUGGGUGACUUUUACCUUGAUUGGAUAAAUUGCAAAAUAGAGCUCAAGGCCAUAAACACAACCCUCGCAUGUGAAUUACAUCGCAACAUGGAGAUUAGGGAAAAAGUACUGUUUAUAUCUAAAGCAUUUGUCGCAGCUGCAUAUUUGGAUCCACGAAUUAACUUCUUGCUGACCACUAAUCAAGUAGAAACCGCAGAACAGGUUUUGGUCAGUACUUGGAUGAGAUGGCGCAAGUUAAAUAAAGAAGACCGUGACAAUACACUAUUUAGCUCUCCUGUCGCCUCUACUUCGACGCAGCAGCAGAAUGAAAAAUCUCAGCUCGAAGUUUUCUUAGAUCAGUCGUAUAAUACCCAGCGAGGAGAUCCAAACUAUGGUUGCGCUGGAAACGACUUAGAUAUCAAACACCAAUUAAAAGAUUUUUUUAACAAACAGAUGCCCGAUUCUGUUGCGCAACAUUAA